AUGGCCGCCGACAAAGAAACCGAGGCCGUGUCUUUCCACGAUGAAACGACCCAGAAAAACCAUACCAACCAUGAACUGGUGGAUAAGGAGGUUGCGAAGUAUACCACCGACACUGCCAUUGAGGUCGACGAGGCGACCAGCAAGAGGCUGAAGAGAAUGAUUGACAAACGUGUUCUUGCGGUUAUGAUGGUCACUUAUUUGAUCCAGACCAUUGAUAAGGGGGCAAUGUCUUUUGCGUCUGUCAUGGGUAUUAUUGAAGACACCAAUCUGCAGGGAAACCAGUAUCAAUGGUUGACGACAGUGGUCUACCUCGCUGUCCUGGUCGUCGAGUUUCCGGAAAACUGGAUUCUGCAGCGCGUGCCCAUUGCCAAGUGGCUGUCACUCAAUAUUUUCCUCUGGGGGAUAUGCAUCACGCUCAUCGCAGCAGCGUCGAAUUUCACUGGUCUCGUCAUACUGCGUACGUUCAUGGGUGUGUUCGAAGCUGUUUGCCAGCCCACGUUCGUGCUGCUGUCCAGCACUUGGUACAAGCGAGAGGAGCAAUCGAGCGUUAUCAACAUCUGGAUCAUGAUGAAUGGGUUGCAGAACAUCCUGGGUGGGCUGAUAGCCUACGGCUUCUCGUUCGUCCCCGUUAACUCCCCACUCAAGUCCUGGCAGGCCCUGUUCAUGACGUACGGGAUCAUAACUGUCAUCUGGGGCGUGUUUGUGGGAAUGUGGAUGCCCGACUCACCGAUGAGGGCAAAGUGCUGGACAGAGGACGACAAGCGACUGAUGAUCGAGCGAGUGCGCCAGAACCAGACUGGGCUGCAAAAUCGAACCUUUCGGCUGGAGCAAGUUCGUGACGCGUUUACUGAUCCUCAGCUAUACGCCCUGGCCAUAAUCCAGAUCUGCACGACGAUUCCAGCCGGUGGCAUUGGAGCGUACGCCAACAUCAUCAUCAAAUCCUUCGGCUACAGCACGCGCGAGACUCAGCUGCUGACCAUGGUCAACGGCGCCGUGACCACCAUAGCCCUGCUCGUCUCUGCAUACCUGGACCGCAAGUACCAGCAAACAAUCUACAUCAUGCUGGCCUCCCUGGUCCCCUCCGUGAUCUGCACCUCAGUCCUCAUCGGCGUCCCCUUCAGCCCAGCCCGCCGCAUCGGACUGCUCAUCGCAUACUGGUCCUUCUACUCCUUCUUCACACUAACUUCGUUGUCUCUUGCCCUCCUCUCCCGCAACGUCGCUGGUCAAACCAAGAAAUCCGUCAUCAUCGCCUCCAACUUCGUCUGCUGGGCCGCAGGGAACUCCAUCGGCCCGCAGGUGUUCCGCGAUAAGGAUGCGCCCCGGUACUACCUCGCAUUUUCAAUCCUGCUCGGAUGUUUCGGAAUCAUGGUGAUAGUCCUCCUUGCGCUGAGAUUCUGGUACGCGGCACACAACCGCCAGCGCGACAACCGAAUUAGGGCUGGCGAGGUGGUGCCUGAUGUGAACUACACCCACGCCUUUGAGGACAUCACGGAUCGCGAGAACCCGCACUUCCGGUACAUCUACUAG